AUGGCUGUCUGGCGCAACCUGACCGCCCGUGAUAUCGAGGGCCUUAUGUGUGUUGCAGAUGAGGUUCAUCCAGGCUUGCCAGAAAGUGCCCCAGUUUUUGCUGAGCGCGUCAAGCUCUACCCAGAGGGCUGCCUGGUUCUCGAGGAGGAUGGCCAUGUAUGUGGCUAUGCUAUUUCGCACCCAAUUCGACAGUGCCAGCCGCCCGCCCUAGAUAGCCUGCUUGGGGAAAUAGCCUCCGAUGCAGACCAAUACUACAUCCAUGACGUCGCUAUUUUACCCAGAUUCCGUGGACGUGGCCUCGCAGCCUCAUGCAUCGGCCGGCUUCUCGUGGUCGCCAAGCGCUACCCAGCGACCUCCCUAGUCUCUGUCUAUGGCACUGAAUCGUUCUGGGCCCGCUUUGGCUUUGUGCCAGUACUGGUGGAUGAAGCUCUCCGGGAGAAGUUACGUGACUACGGGGAGGACGCUGUCUAUCUCUCGCGGUCGAACGGUCAAUAG